CAGCACACAAGGAUUAGAGGGUUGCGAGUGUCUGCUCAAAGAGUGGGAGCCAGUGGAUAGAAACAGAUAAAUAAUCUCAAGCAAGAGGAUAGCCUUGUUAUGUUGGAUAAAUGGUUUGAUUUCAUUUUCCUCUGCCUUUACAUCUCAUCACAGUCAAGCUAAGGUGUCUUCACCUGGGGGAGGACAGAUAAGUCAGUCAACUAUACAACCUGGAUUUCCACACAGGGAGCCAUGUGAGCUGUACCCCCUCUGCCGACUUUACGCGACAGAACUGCCCCAAAAGUGUGCACGCUGAGCCGGGGAGUAAAACCAGGAUUCGCCCACUCUCCCUGGAACCUCUACUUUCAGUGAUUCCAUACCUCAGCAGAGGACACCAUUCUUGAGGUCGGGCUCUAAGUGGCCCCCUGGUCUGGAGGCCAGACAGCAGCACUCCAGCACCAUGGAUUACCUGCUUGGGACUGUAGUGUUGUUGUGUUUUGUGGUGCAGCCGGGAAGAGGAGUUGAUCCCAAGCACAACGUUCCCAGGCUAAAGCUGUCAUUCAAGGAAAUGUUAGAAUCCAGUAACCUCAUCACCUUUAAUGGCCUGGCAAAUAGUUCAAGCUAUGACACUUUCUUAUUGGAUGAGGAGCGAGGGAGACUGCUGGUCGGCGCCGAGGACUAUAUCUUCUCAUUCGACCUAGUCAACAUAAACAGAGACCACAAACAGAUUGCAUGGCCUGCCACCCCCUCCAAGAGGGAUGAAUGCAAGUGGGCAGGGAAAGAUUCAGCAAAGGAGUGUUCUAAUUUCAUCCGGGUCCUUCAACCGUAUAACCAGACCCAUCUGUACAUCUGUGGUACAGGAGCCUUCCAUCCUAUCUGUGCUUAUCUGGAAAUGGGUAAAAAAGCAGAGGACAACAUAUUCCGACUGGCCUCACAGUUUGAGAAUGGCCGAGGGAAAAGCCCCUACGACCCCAAAAUGCUUUCAGCAUCACUCCUGCUUGAUGGAGAGCUGUACUCUGGAACAUCUGCUGAUUUCAUGGGAAGGGACUUCGCCAUUUUCCGUACCCUCGGAGAUCAUCAUCCAAUCAGAACGGAGCAGCAUGAUUCAAGAUGGCUAAACGACCCCAGAUUUAUUGGAGUACACUUGAUCCCCGAAAGUGAUAACCAUGAGGACGACAAGAUCUUCCUCUUUUUUAAAGAGAAUGCAAUGGACGGAGAGCACACUGGGAAGGCUACGAUCGCCAGGAUAGGACAACUGUGUAAGAAUGAUAUGGGAGGUCACAGGAGCCUUGUGAACAAGUGGACUACUUUUCUGAAGGCUCGGCUUAUCUGUUCAGUUCCUGGGGUCAAUGGCAUUGAUACACACUUUGAUGAACUGCAGGAUGUAUUUCUCAUGAGCUCCAAGGACCCAAAGAAUCCAGUUAUCUACGCCGUAUUCACCACUUCCAGUAACAUAUUUAAAGGCUCAGCAGUGUGUAUGUACAGCAUGGGUGACAUAAGGAGGGUUUUCCUGGGUCCCUAUACCCACAGAGAUGGGCCCAAUUACCAAUGGGUGCCUUUCCAAGGGAGGGUGCCCUACCCGCGCCCUGGCACUUGUCCCAGUAAAACAUUUGGAGGUUUUGACUCCACAAAGGACCUUCCCGACGAUGUCAUCACCUUCGCUAGGAGUCAUCCUGCCAUGUACAACCCAGUGCACCCAAUUGGGGGACGGCCCAUCAUGGUUCGAACAGAUGUGGACUACCAGUUCUCCCAGCUGGUAGUGGACAGAGUUGAAGCGGAGGAUGGGCAAUACGAUGUCAUGUUCAUAGGCACAGAUGUGGGAACAGUGCUAAAAGUGGUAACAAUUCCCAGAGAGAGCUGGCAUGACCUGGAGGAGGUUGUGCUCGAGGAGAUGACUGUUUUUAGGGAGCCAACUCCCAUUACUGCUAUGGACCUUUCCACCAAACAGCAACAGCUGUACCUUGGCUCAGCCUUGGGAGUAUCACAGAUGUCUUUACACCGCUGUGAGGUGUAUGGGAAAGCUUGCGCCGAGUGCUGCCUGGCCCGAGACCCAUACUGUGCUUGGGAUGGUGCUGAGUGCUCCAGAUACUUUCCUACUGCCAAGAGGAGAACCAGGCGACAGGACAUCAGAAAUGGAGACCCGCUUUCACAAUGCUCAGACCUUCAGCACCAUGAUGACAUGGAUGGCUUAGGAGGCAGCAUAGAGGACAGGAGUGUGUUCGGUGUGGAAAACAGCAGUAUGUUUCUGGAAUGCAGCCCAAAGUCUCAGAGAGCACUGGUUUACUGGCAACUGCAGAGGCCCAAUGAUGACCGCAAGCAAGAGAUUAAGAUGGAUGAUCGGGUGCUGCAUACAGACCAGGGUCUGUUGAUCCGCAGCCUGUUUCAAUCUGACUCGGGAGUCUAUCACUGCCAGGCGGUGGAACACGGCUUCAUUCAGCCCCUGCUGCGUCUCAACCUGCAGAUCAUCCCCACCCAGAGACUGGGGGACAUUCUGCCUGGGCUUCCCGGGGCAGGAGGCGGUGCAGGUAAUUCAGCCAAGCACAGGGUGUGGUACAGAGAUUUCCUAUCUCUCUUAGACCACCCGGAGCUGAACAGUGUGGAGGAAUUUUGCGACAGGGUUUGGAAGAAAGAGCGCAAACAGAAGAAGGUAAAAGCUCCCAACAGCAAAUCUGACAGCGCUUCAAACUCUGCCUUACGGCCCAAAGCUGCAGCCCCCACUGCUCAGAAGCAGCAAGCCAGUCCACCACACAGUGGGCCGUGGCUUCAGGCUGGAGAUACAGUGGCUGAGCUGCCAACCCGGAGCCAGAAUACCCAGAAAGGUCAACCAAAUCUAAGUACAACCCCUAAAAAUAGCCAGAAGACUCAGAACGGAGCGAAAGUGCAGGAGAGCCAGGGUGGUUCACAGGUAGCAGGGGGGGCUCGGGUGAGCAGCCAGCAUGCUGCAAAGUGGAGGCGAAUGCAGGAAAAUAAGAAGGGACGCAACAGGAGGACCCAUGAGCUUCAAAGACCCCCACGUAGUGUUUGAGAAAAGGAGCCGAGGUGCACACAUUCAAGCAGAUCUACACACAUGCAAGCACAAAGCCAUGCAUCCGCAUCAGCACAUUCUAUAGGUUGUGAAUCCAGAACAACAAAAGAAACUCAUCCAGCACAUUUUUUUAAGAUAAAAUACAUAAACUGUAUCCCUGUCUCAAAAACAAGACAAGUGGACAGAACCUGUGAAAAAGACAAAGAUAAGCAGAGGAUUGAAAACCAGGAAUGCAUUCUGUAAAUUUGUGAGAACAUGCCUGUUUGCUUGGGAUACAUUCUGGCAGACACUUUCAACCUCCUGUAUAUAAGCUACACAUACUGUAAAAAGACUGGGACUGAAAAAUGUUAAGUCCGGCAUUUGUCUGACUUAGAAUGCUGACAGGACAGCUGCAGGCAUUUAUGGAAGCUGAAACAAUUAACUCACUGCAACUUUCUGCAUGUGAACUCAUACAUGGAAAAUGGUUGGAAAACUCCUAUUCCAAAGAACUUUGCAAGGAGAAGACAGCACCCUUGAAGCAGGAAAGAGAAGGGGUCACCUCAACGUGGGCACGGCUUGCACCAGUAAUUCUCAAACAAAGAAAAACAAAGGAAACAUGCCAAGUUUUACCACUGUGCAGACCAAGUUCUCCAUCAUAACCAAUUAUUGUGAGGCUGGGAAAGCAUUGUGCAUGUUGUUGUCAAUCAAUAUUUUGAUAAGCUAUUUUCUUUAUGUGUUACAUUAAGAGUCUGAAUUUUCAGUUGUGUGUGUAUCCUUUUAAAACCUGUGCUCAAUUCUGCAGCACAAAUACUCUAAAAUUAAUCCAGUUCCUUGCAAAAGUACUCAUUUCCUAUUUACAGCCACAAACUAUUUUUGGUGUAUUUUCUGGACAUUAUGUCAUAGUCCAACAUGAGUUUGUGCAUUACUGUGAGGUGGAAAGAUCUGAGCACAUGGCUUUCCUUUCUUUCCAGUAAAAAUCUGUUUCAGUGCUUUGUAGAACCACCUUUUGCUGCAAGUACAGCUCCUCAGGCUCAGUUAGAUUGGGUGUAGCACAUCAAAGAAUUAGCAUGUUGGCAAAAGUUAAGUUUUGGUUUCAUAUUGUGGGAGCACCUUCUUUUACAUGUUUACUGUGCCCCCCAUGUGGCUUGAGGCAAACAGUGGAGCCUCUUUUUUAUUAAGGCAAGAUUUCUCGAGUGCAUGACUAAAAGAUGUCCAGUCAACUGAUUUUUAUCACCUGAAACGUGGAUGUUUGCAAUAACUCCAGGGUUACCAUUGGCUGCUUUCAGAUUAAUGCUCUCCAUGACCACCCUGUCAGCUUAGAUGGACGGUCAUGUUUUGGACGUUUGCAGGUGUGCCAUAUACUCUAGUCAUUUUCAGAUGGGAGAUUGAGCAUUGCUUCAUGAGAUGUUCAUAGUUUGGAAUAUUUAAUAGCCUAACCCUGUUUUGAACUUCUGCACAACUGUAUCCCUGACCUGUCUGUUGUGUUCCUCAGUCUUCAUGAUGCUGUUUGCUCACUAAUGUUCUCUAGAAACCCCUGAGGUCUCUUCAGAGCAGCUGGAUUUACACUGAGAAUAAAGUAAACACAGGUGGACUCUUAAUUAGGUGGUUUCUAAGGGCAGGUAGUUGCACUAAAUUUAAUUUUAGGUGUAUCAAUAUUAAAGGGUACUGAAUAAAAAUGCACACCACACUUGGAAAACUACAUAUUAUUUUCUUUCCACUUCCCAAUUAUUGAAUGCUUUGUUUUAAUCACAUAAAAUUGCCACAGAAAUACAUUGAGGUUUAGGGUUGUAACAUGACAAAUUGGGACAAGGUAUAUGAAUACUAUUGCAAGGCAUUGUCCCAUUUUUAUGUGCAUAAGCCUAUCUUCCCCGGAAUUUCUUGAGUAAUUUAUGAUGUUAAUACUUUUUUUAAUUAAUAAAAACUGGGACAAAAAUCCCAGUUCAAAGCUAUGCUAAAAACCCAGUCUGAAUUGCUUUGUGUACAUAAAUAUACAUCAACCUUAACUAUCUGUGUAUAUACAGUAAAAAUACAGUACAAGAGCACCACUUAAUUAUUAUUUAUUGUUCAUUUUUUGUGAAAGGGUAGGAUUUAUUUUUGAUAUUAAAGUAUUUUUGUUCAUCAGUGCAUUGGCAAAAUGAUGACAUCAGCAACAAACUCAAAAUUACUGGACCAACUAGCUAAAGUUUUAUUGAAGAGUGCCCCUUUUUUGGGAAGAAAAAUAGUGUAAGUUUAGCAUUACAACUUUUUGUGAAUUCAUUAUUUAACCUUUUGACAACGAUAAGCACAAUUUUAUCUCUUUUGCCUUUGAUCAUGUCCUCUUUCUCUCUCGAUCCAGUCACCAUGUCCUCAUUUCAUGUUGUAGCUGUUAUGUGUAAGAUAAUUCUCCGAAAUGAAAACAUUAGCUGUGAAUCUCUGUAAGAAAUAGUGGAGAAUAUUGUUAAAUCUAGUCUGAGGAGAAGACACGUUAUACUGCAUGUGAAUGCUACCUUACAGUAAGUGCAUCAUUUUUCUAUUGUCUUUUUAUGUGUUUUGAGUGAGAGGUAAAAUUCCCUUGAACAUUUUUGUCUUUUUGCCAAAACAGUGAUUUGAAUAACACACGUUCUGGCCAAAGCCAUUAAGGAUCUUUUCUCCCUUAAUCCUUGAUUCAAAGAUGGCGCCUACUGUGUCUUUCCCCAAUCCUCAACUUGACAAAGUAAAGUGUCACUACAAUACAUUAGAGCAAAAAGUGUUCCACAAAAACACUCAAACGUUUGUCUCUUCCUGAGGUUUAGAAAUAUGAGAGUAGAGAGUUACUGCUGCUGUGACACAGUUUUUUCUGGCAUGCAUUCAGUUGUCUAAAUAAACAUCUCCGUUACAAAAAA